UUCAACGACAUCGUACUCAUGGGCAAAAAUCGAAAGCCCACGUCCCUAAAACCCUAAUUUUGAGUCUUCUUCAUUCAGUGUAGCGUCACUGAAACCCUAGCUCCAUUUUCCUCUAUUUUGCUCUGCGGAUAGUGUAAAAAUGGAAGUAGAGACAGAAGAGAGGCAGAUUCAAGCACGAUUCGUAACAAAAUUGAAGGCUCCAUACAGAGCCCCAAGCGCUACCAUCACUAUUCCUUCUAAUCUCACUCGUCUUGGCCUCUCCACCAUCGUCAAUUCUCUCCUCAAAGCCGGAAAUCCUGAAUGGGAGAAUUGUCCAUUCGAUUUUCUGAUAGAUGGAGAGCUUAUUCGUUUGUCGCUUGAACAGUUUCUUCUUGCAAAGGGCAUUUCCGCGGAGAAGAUACUGGAAAUUGAGUAUAUUAAGGCAGUUGCACCUAGGAAACAAGAGGAGCCUUCUUUGCAUGAUGACUGGGUCAGCGCAGUUGACGGUUCUUGUCCUCGGUUUAUUUUGACAGGGUGCUAUGAUGGUCUUGGAAGGGUAUGGAAAGCUGCUGGCGUUUGUACACAUAUACUAGAGGGACAUAGUGAUGCAGUUACUUCUGUUAAUAUCAUGAACCCAGGAGGCUUGGAUACUGUAACAGUGGUGACUGCCUCAAAAGAUCAAACUCUGAGACUGUGGAAGUUUGAUACAGAAGAGCCUGGAAAUCAUCUUACAAAGCUUACAGCCUUCAAAGUUUUGCGUGGGCAUAAUGCAUCUGUUCAAAGUGUUGCAGCUGAGGCUUCUGGAAGCAUGAUUUGUUCGGGUUCCUGGGAUUGUACAAUUAAUUUAUGGCGGACAAAUGAGUUGAAUACGGAAGGAGAAUUAGUGUCUAUCAAAAAGAGAAAAGUGAAAAAUGAGACCGAGGAAUCUCAGCUGGAGGGUGAGGCUCUUUCUACACUUGUGGGGCAUACACAAUGUGUAUCCUCUGUUGUUUGGCCUGAACGUGAAACAAUUUACUCUGCAUCAUGGGAUCAUUCUGUUAGACAUUGGGAUGCUGAGACAGGCAAAGACUUAUCAAAAAUAUUCUGUGGGAAAGCCCUCAACUGUGUACAUGUUGGAGGUGAAGGUGCGGCUCUUAUUGCUGCUGGGGGCUCUGACCCUGUCCUUAGAAUAUGGGAUCCUCGAAAACCAGGGACUUCUGCUCCUGUCUAUCAGUUCUCUUCUCACAAAUCUUGGAUUUCGGCUUGCAAGUGGCAUGAUAAAUCUUGGUUUCAUAUACUCUCUGCAUCAUAUGAUGGGAAAGUCAUGUUGUGGGAUCUAAGAACUGCGUGGCCUUUGGCUGUUAUUGAAUCACACGAAGACAAGGUGCUAUGUGCUGACUGGUGGAAAAGUGACAGUGUGAUCAGUGGUGGGGUUGACAAUAAGCUUUGUAUUUCUUCUGAAACUUCUGUGAUCUAAGGGAAGAAUUGCGCCUAAGAUGGAAGUAAUUUCUGGAAAAGAUGGAUGACAAUGCGAGGAAGAUUUUUCAGUCUCAGCAUUCUUUACCCUUGUCUAUAAGAUGGUAGUAAGAUGGCGCAAUCUGAAUCUCUAUCAGCUAAGGAGCUGGUCAACAGUUCAGGCUUAAAGUCAAAAUUUUUUUCUGAGGCAUUUGGAAGUUUGUGAAUAGCGACAACUCUAAUUUGUUAUCUUGUUGUUUUGGUUGAGAUACUGCUGUAAUUCUUUCAGAAUUUUGCAUCUUAGAUAAUGCAGAGAAAUUUUUACCAAAGAGAUAAAUUGAAGUUUUAAUUUAAGUUA